AUGGAGCCCGUUCCCGAGACUGAGCGAAUGGAGGAGUUUCGAUCCUCUCCCCUACCCACGCUGCGUCUGCACCAGCCAGCUGCUAUCAUUACAAAUGAUCUGGAUCCUAAUCGCAAACCUCUUGCCGUGCGCCGAUCUACAGAACCACCCUCACCGAGCUCUCCAUCUUGGAAUGCAGCAAAUGCUCUCCCGUAUCGACCUCGAACAACCUCGCCCUUGGCGGGCGGUCAUGCUCGAUCUAAGUCUGUUGCUAGUCUUGCGCCCCCUAUUAUAGGACGCACACGGUCCAUGCCUGGCGUCGACGGCUCAGGUCGUAUAGUUUACCCGCCAUUUCUUCGUCCGGCCAGUCCAGCCAGCUCCCCUAACCGAAACAGGGCCCCGCGAAAGCCAGUUGACGAAUCAUACCCCCCACCCUCGCCCAUUCGGUCUUCUGUUCUGGAUGCAGACAAGCGACAUGCCGAGGUAGACAAUCCUAUCACCUCUACUGUUGUAACACUGGGCAACCCACCCAAUAUACGAACGGCUUCUCCUUUGCGAUUUACCAACUACUCAACCCCAAUUUCCACCUCUUCUUUGCCUGGGACACCGUCAUUAGGCGCAAGCUCGCCUUCGUACAGAUUCGACAAUGGAUCGAACACUACCAGCUUCCCUUCCUACUAUCCAUCAUCGUCAAUUCCAUCAACGCCAAGCUCCAUGAGAUCGCGCAGCCCCAGUAUCUCAAGCUUGGAGACCAUUCCCGAUUCCCCUGAUGCCGAAGAAGCUGCCCUGGAGGCCGAUAGAAUUGCUCAGUUGAAGGCUGCCGCUGAUGCUGUCGAGGAUGGAGAUUCGGGGGAAGCCAAGGGUAGAGGUAGUAUGGAUAUGCCUCUUCGCGGAAGAACGUUGGGCAUUGGAUCGAGAGACAAACGCAAGCGUUGGAGUGUGUGUGGAGCUGAACGACGCGGUGAUCUUGACUUGGAGACGAUAUGGGAAGAUUGA